AAAGCCACAUUGAGACUGAUUUUGUGGAGUUAGUUAAUGGGAAAUACCAGAAGUCCUUGCUCCUGUAAAUGAACUUUUAACCACAAGAUGGUACUUAAAUUCCCAUUGAUUCUGCAAGCUUGAAUACAUGUCUUUCUGGAUCUUGACUACACAUGACUGUGGCCUUCUUCCCAACACCUGGUUUCCUAGGGAUGAUAAUAAGAAGUAUAGACUGAUGGUUAAGUUGCUUACUGUUUGGAGGUCCAUCCAUGCUGUCAAAAAAGAAAUACUUGAAGAAACAACAACCUCUAAUUUCUAUAAGAAAAAUAAUAGACCAAACUACUGUGAAGAGAGACCUGCAGAAUGGGACCUGCUAAUAUUGGAUCUGAAUGGUUUCUAUUUUGUCCAGUGGCUGUGUGAGUGUGACUGGAAAAAGGAAGAAGGAAGAAAACAAACAUUUUUGAAUACCUGUUAUGAGCUAGGUCUUGUAGAAAUUUGCCUGAUGCACCCCCUCGAUGUGGUGAAAACCAGGUUCCAGAUUCAGAGAUGUUCAACUGAUCCAAACAGUUACAAAAGCUUAGGAGACAGUUUUCGAACAAUUUUCCGAACAGAAGGGUUGUUUGGUUUUUACAAGGGAAUUCUACCACCCAUAUUGGCUGAAACACCAAAAAGAGCAGUGAAGUUUUUCACCUUUGAGCAAUAUAAGAAAUUGCUAGGAUAUGUGUCACUGUCGCCAGCAUUGACAUUUGCCAUUGCUGGACUGGGGUCUGGACUAACAGAAGCCAUCGUGGUUAAUCCUUUUGAGGUAGUAAAAGUUGGCUUGCAAGCUAAUCGGAACACAUUUACAGAGCAGCCAUCCACUAUGAGCUACGCAAGACACAUCAUUAAGAAGGAAGGUUUGGGACUCCAGGGCCUCAACAAAGGAUUUACAGCAACUUUGGGACGUCAUGGAGUUUUCAACAUGGUUUAUUUUGGCUUCUACUAUAAUGUCAAAAACAUUAUUCCUGUCAAUAAGGAUCCAACCUUGGAGUUUUUGCGAAAAUUUGGGAUUGGUCUUCUCUCAGGAACAAUAGCCUCAGUCAUUAACAUCCCUUUUGAUGUUGCCAAAAGUAGGAUUCAAGGGCCUCAGCCAGUUCCUGGAGAGAUCAAGUACAGAACCUGUUUUAAAACAAUGGCCACAGUCUAUCAGGAAGAAGGGAUUUUAGCUUUGUACAAAGGCCUGCUUCCCAAGAUUAUGAGGCUUGGACCAGGUGGUGCAGUGAUGCUGCUGGUUUAUGAAUAUACCUAUUCAUGGCUUCAGGAGAACUGGUAAUACUCUUGCAUCCUGUGAGAGCACUGCCUGCACAGAGUCCAUGAAAUUGAACCUUUAACCUCUCCAUGUGGAUGGGAUGGAAAAGGAUCUCUGAAGAGUGCAUUUGCCAGUUUAAAACAUUUUCACCCGCUAAGAAACAGAGGAAAUAUGUCAAUGCUAACCAAUAAUAAUAAUGUUUAAAAAAAAAUCCCAAACCCAUAUCUCAUUCCAUUUUCCUUCUCUUAUUUUUAAGAGUAGCUUUAAAUCAUAAUUGCUUUAAGUAGCAAAUUGUAUUUGGGGUUUCUGUUGUCCUUUUAAAUUUAUUUCAUGUGAAUUCACUGUUGCUAAGAAAAGACCUAAAGGGGAGGGGAGAGAAAAAAAAGAAAACUUUGAUAUCAUUAAUAUUAGAUUUUUUUUAAAAAAAAUACAAGAACCAGAAAAAUUAUAAAUAGCAUAAUAACAAGAGAUUUCUUAAUUUAGAUAAAGAAAACAACAUUUAGUUAUGUUUCCAUACAAACAAUUGAUAGUUUUUUAAAGACUCCUAAUAGCCACCUAAAAACAUCUGAUAAGGAAAAAUUCUGUACCUUAUGUCAGUUUUUCUAGACGGCAGCAGAGUCACAGUAUGGUAUGGUUUUAAAGUCUCCACCAGGAUAUUGGAUUGGUAUCUUUGCUCCAUUCGGUUUAUAGUCUAUUUUCUCACCAGACUAGGAACUCCAGAUGUCAAUAAGAGUUUUACGAGAUCAAAGGAAGACUAUGGCCCUGAGAGUUCAUCUGCUCCUUCUGCUUAUUCUUCUCCUGAAGUUAUAAUCCUCUAUUUGUAGCACUGAAUUUCGAUUGCUUUAAAAAUAAAUGCAGUUCAAAGCUCUCUAUAAGAUAUCUGCUGCUUGGAGAAAACAAUUCCUUGAACAUAACUUGUAUGUCAGAAAUCUGUUUACUGUUUAUAUCCUAGUGAUUUGAAAACCUGGCUAAUCUAGCCAUCUGAGUGUUCAAUGAAGCCGUGAAACCAAUGUGAUAACUUGAUUGCCAUAUAGGCUGUGCACAGCACAGAUAGGAAGAAAUCAAAAUCACCUAACUCAUCUCUAACAACCAUAUCUAGUGAUGUGCCCUUUUAGUUAUUGCACAGAAUUAAUACCAAAAAGUUGCAAUAUAUUAAUUCUCCAACAGGUGAAUUGUACCAAUGUUUUACAAACAUAUUUUUAAGCCUAUAUUGCCAAACAGGAAGAACAUUCUAAACAGAAGAGAUUAAAAACUAGAAUUUUGCCCAAGAAAAUCAACUGUUUUAAAAUGCAACAUAUAAUCACACGUUCACACACACAUAUGCCCCACAGCUCUAUUAUUAACAUUAAAAUCGGUCUAGAAAGAUUUAUCCGUUAAACGGUGUCCUGUAACUCCAGAAAUGAAUAAAGGGAAAUUUUAAAAAUUAAAUAGCAUCUGUAUUACUAAUACCACCACCAGUUUACCUACAUGUGAAACAUGCUUCUGUACAACAAUGUAAACUUCACAGCAAGCCAUUUUUACAUUCAUUAGAGCAGAAUUUCCCAUUUUCUUUAAAUUACAACGUAAUUUUGGGCUGAGAUUGCUGAACACACAGGUUAGCCAACAAUAACAGUACAAUUUAGUUUCACAGUGGUUUUCUUAACAGAAAGUUCAUUUUAAGUGUCUUUGCAAAGCUUUUCACAUUAAACGUUGAGUUUCUAAGUGACUUCCUUUAGAGCCUUCUUGUUCAAACCUUUUCCACCUUGUCUUUGUAUGUUUGGCACAUGUGUUGUCUGAUUAGGGUACAGAAUGGGAGACUGGCUUGUUUUAUCUGUUGUUCGAAUUCUCUGCUGUAGAAAGAAAAUGUCCUUCAUGCAAUGUUGAAGCCUUCCCUGCACACACAGAAUUUAUGGCAAGUCCAGAUCCAGGAGCCUGAGCAGCCCACCACCAAACAGAGACAAAAACGUUGCCAAAAAGUCACCUUUGCAAAAAGAAAGAAAAAAUAGAGGAGUGGGGGAGGGGGACACCCCAUGGAAUGAAAACACAAAUGCACCAUCCAGAGUCCAUAUUUACAAACUAACAGAAAUAUAAACAUUGUCAUAUUUGGAACGAAGUCAAAAUACCGGGAGGAGCUAAAUUCAGAUAUUGCUUGUGUUAUACAUAUAUUCUCCAACAAAACAGGUCAUCUCUUAAAAAUAAAGGAUCACUCAAAUCAAUUAUUGAUUGGUUUCCUAGUGAUGAA